AUGCUCACUCGGCGAAAGCCCAAUUCCUGUUCGCCCGCGACGAGUGUGACUUGCACGCGUAAGGAGCAACGUACUACUAUGGCAUCGCAACCAGAGACGUUCGGCUUCCAGGCCGAGAUCAGCCAGCUGUUGGAUUUGAUCAUCAACACCUUCUACUCAAACAAAUCGAUCUUUUUGCGAGAAUUGAUCUCAAACUCAUCUGAUGCACUCGACAAGAUCCGCUACGCCGCGCUCACGGACCCGAGUCAGCUCGACAGCGAGAAGGAGCUCUACAUCCGCAUCACGCCCGACAAGGAGAACAAGAUCAUCUCCAUCAGAGAUACCGGCAUUGGCAUGACCAAGGCCGACCUCGUCAACAACCUCGGCACGAUCGCCAAGUCUGGCACAAAGUCCUUCAUGGAGGCCCUCUCGUCUGGCGCAGACAUCAGCAUGAUCGGUCAGUUCGGUGUCGGUUUCUACUCGGCCUACCUCGUCGCCGACAAGGUCGAAGUUCUCACCAAGCACAACGACGACGAGCAGUACAUCUGGGAGUCCUCCGCCGGCGGCACCUUCACCAUCACCACCGAUACCGUCAAUCCCUCGCUCGGCCGGGGUACCGAGCUCCGUCUCCAUCUCAAGGAGGACCAGCUCGAGUAUCUCGAGGAAAAGACGAUCAAGGAGAUCGUCAAGCGUCACUCCGAGUUCAUCUCGUACCCCAUCCAACUCGUCGUCGAGAAGGAGGUCGAGAAGGAAGUCGAGGAUGACGAGGCCGAGCCAGAGUCGGCCGACAAGGAGGCCAAGAUCGAGGAAGUCGAUGACGAAGAGAAGCCAAAGAAGACGAAGAAGAUCAAGGAAAAGACGAGCGAGCAGCAGGAGCUCAACAAGACCAAGCCUCUCUGGACGCGCAACCCGCAAGACAUCACCCAGGACGAGUACUCGGCGUUCUACAAGUCGAUCUCGCUCGACUGGGAGGAACAUCUCGCCGUCAAGCACUUCUCUGUCGAGGGUCAGCUCGAGUUCAAGGCGAUCCUCUACGUGCCCAAGCGUGCGCCCUUUGACCUCUUUGAGUCAAAGAAGAAGCGCAACAACAUCAAGCUCUACGUUCGCCGCGUCUUCAUCAUGGACGACUGCGAGGACAUCCUGCCAGAGUACCUGUCCUUUGUCAAGGGCAUCGUCGACUCUGAGGAUCUGCCGCUCAACAUCUCUCGUGAGACGCUGCAGCAGAACAAGAUCAUCAAGGUCAUCAAGAAGAGCUUGGUCAAGAAGGUGCUCGAGAUGUUUGACGAGAUUGCGGAGGACAAGGACUCGUUCAACAAGUUCUACGAGGCGUUCGGCAAGAACCUCAAGCUCGGCAUCCACGAGGACUCUGCCAACCGGACCAAGCUGGCCACCUACCUCCGCUACCACACCACAAAGUCUGGCGAGGAGAUGUCGUCCCUCAAGGACUACGUGACGCGCAUGCCAGAGUCGCAGAAGGAUAUCUACUACCUCACUGGCGAGUCUCUCGCAUCCCUCAAGGAAUCGCCUUUCCUAGAGGUCUUUGAGAAGAAGGGUCUCGAGGUCGUCCUCAUGUCAGAGGCGAUUGACGAGUACUCCAUCACUCAGCUCAAGGAGUUCGAGGGCAAGAAGCUCACUUGCAUCUCCAAAGACGGUCUCGAACUGCCAGAGACUGACGAGGAAAAGGCAGCGCGUGAGGCGGACGUGACCGCGUUUGAAGAUCUCUGCAAGACCAUGAAGGACAUCCUCGCUUCUGACAACAAGGUCGAGAAGGUCGUCGUCUCUUCCAAGCUCGGAUCUUCCCCCGCCCUCCUGUCGACCUCUGCCUUUGGCUGGUCGUCUAACAUGGAGCGAAUCAUGAAGGCUCAAGCUCUGCGCGACUCGUCUACGUCGCAAUACAUGCAGUCCAAGAAGACGCUAGAGAUCAACCCGCACAACAACAUCAUCAAGACGCUCAAGGAGAAAGUAGCAGAAGAUUCAGCGGACCGAACCGUUCGCGAUCUGACCUUCUUGCUCUACGAAACCGCCCUGCUCACCUCUGGUUUCUCACUCGACCAGCCUGCCUCUUUUGCCGAUCGGGUGCACAAGAUGAUCGCGCUCGGUCUCUCGCUCGAUACUGACGAAGCUGACGAACCUAUUGCCGCCAUCGAUGCUGAUGCGCCCCCUCCUCUCGAAGACGCAAGCCUGUCCAAGAUGGAGGAAGUCGACUAA